AUGACAGUCGCAUCCAAGAUGGGACCGCUAACACAGUAUUUGUUCCUGGCGUGUUUAAUAAACAUUUCCUAUGCUCUGUAUUUAUCGUCACACGAUUCAAAAUAUGCGGGUUACUUGAUCAAGUACGGUUACUUGAGAAGAUCCAGCCUCAGGCGUCAGGGCGGCAGCACAAAUGUGGACGACGAAGACUUCAGCAACGCUCUGAGUAACUUCCAGAACUAUGUUCAAAUUCCAGCAUCAGGUCAACUGGAUGAUGCUACCAAAAACAUGAUGACCCGCGACAGAUGUCAAGCGAAAGAUACAUCUGUUGGUAUGAGAAGAAGAAGAUAUACAACUAUUGGAAACUGGCCAAAGAAGCAUCUCACGUACAAAAUAACGCAGUAUUCUUCGAAAAUUAGCCAGCAGGAGGUGGAUUCUAUAAUAUUCCUCGCAUUUUCCGUUUGGUCCGAUCCAUCUGGUAUUACAGUCACGAAGCGAAAAGGUGGACGCACCGAUAUGGAAGUCAGGUUCGAUUCAAUCGCACCAAGAGCAGACGCCCACAUAUAUGGAAACACAAACAGCCGACACAAAACAACUGUCAUCACAUUGAACGACGGCAUCGACUGGUCUCAAGACUUCAGCACUGGUUUACCCAAUUUAUUCCAAACAGCAUCACACGAAGUCGGUCACGCUUUAGGAUUGGGGCACACAGAGGUAGUUGGUGCCAUGAUGUACCCAGUAUACGACCUGGGUAUCAAAAUAUUCGGUCUGCACGACGAUGACAAGCGAGGAGUAGAGGAUAUCUAUAGCAACGUCAAAACCGUGUCCUACCCCGGAAGAUUUAUCUACAAGAAGAACAGAAACAAUAUAGAGUCAACAUUCAACAAUUUCAAAGAUCGUAUAACAAACUCAUUUGGACCGAUGCCCGACUUCGAAAACGUCAACUUACCAACGGAGUUCUUCGAGAAUGGCUUCUAA